GUUUCCACAGCAAGCCGGACUAUGUCCUGUAAACUCCAGUCCCCUGGCCGGGCAGCGCCAGCAAAGGGACAGGUGUCCUGCCAUCAGUGCACCUGUGUGUGGGGGUCAGAGGAGAGGAGGGUGCGAGGCCAGCGAGGGGCAAAGACCCUUCGCAGGUCCAUGUGAUGCUGCAUGUCUGCUUGUCCUGUCCCCUGGGAGUGAUGCUGUUUUGGCACAACCAGCCGGAGCACCUGUGGCCCAGCCCUGGGGAACUGUACUCUGGGCCUCCAAGUAGCCUGCUCAGGGAGUCCCUGCCCUUGCCCUACCUGAAGCAGGAGGAGCUGCCCAGCAUCCCCAGCACGGAGCCUCCCAGCCCCACAUUCCAGUAUGUGCUCUGUGCAGCCACCUCCCCAGCCGUGAAGCAGCAGGAGGAGGCCCUCACCUACCUGAACCAGGGCCAGUCCUACGAGGUACAGAUGCUCUGCACCUCCAAGAGCGGUGAUGCCAGCCAGGGGCCCCGGCUGCUGAAGAGUGUGGCGCGGGUGGUGUUCCACGACCGGCGCCUGCAGUACACGGAGCAGCAGCAGCUGGAUGGGUGGAGAUGGAGCCGGCCCGGGGACCGCAUCCUCGACAUCGAUGUGCCGCUGUCCGUGGGGCUGAUAGAACCUCAGGCGCCGCCCUCACAGCUCAACGCGGUGGAGUUUCACUGGGACCCGGCCAAGAGGACCUCCCUCUUCCUGCAGGUUCACUGCAUCAGCACCGAGUUCACGCCUCGGAAGAAAGGUGGAGAGAAAGGUGUCCCCUUCCGCCUCCAGAUUGACACUUUCAAGCCCAGUGACAAGGAGCUUCCACCUGAACACCUGCAUUCAGCUGGCUGCCUCAUCAAGGUGUUCAAGCCCAAAGGAGCUGACCGCAAACUGAAAACUGACCGGGAGAAGAUCGAGAAGCAGCCCCUGCACGAGAGACACAAGUAUCAGACUGCCUGUGAGAGCACAGUCUUCGUGGAGUGUUCCCCAUGGCCAGAGCCCAGUGCAGGACCCUACCAGGCUCUCAGCCCUCUGGCUCUGACCUCCCCCCACUCCUGCAAGCUCCUGUCCCCGGAGAGGUUCUGCUGUUCACCCCCAUUCAUUCUGGACACCUUGGGGGGCAGCCCAGCUGAGGAUCUGAACCCCGGAGCUUCCGUCCUGGAGACGCAGCAGUGGUUACACUGGCACAGGUUCUCCAGCUACUGCCGGACUCUAGCCAAUUUCACUGGCACUGAUCUGAUGAAGCUUUCCCGGCAGGACCUGAUCCAGAUCUGCGGGGCUGCCGACGGGAUCCGCCUUUUCAAUACCCUCAGAGCCAGGCCCAUCCGACACCGGCUGACUUUGUAUGUGGCUCAGGAGACCUCUAGGCAAGACAAUGAGGUUUCUAAGAACCCUGACUCAGGUGAGGUUCCGGACUCUCUCUCCAGAAGAAAUUCAGGCUUUUAUCAAGAGAUUUCUCUGGAUGAACUCAGCGCCAUAGAGCUGAUGGGGAAACUGGCAGAGCUCUUAGCACUCCCGGCCAAUCAGAUCCAUCGUCUCUUCCACCAGGGCCCUGGGGGGAUUCUCAUUCUCCUCAGCGACCAGGUGGUUCAGAAUCUUAAGGAUGAAUCAUACUUUGUGGCUGUGGUGAAGAAAGUGCAGAAUCCAGAUGGCUACUACCUGGUUCUGACCUAGGCCCAGGGGCGCCCUGCAGCAGCAGACGGACACCAGCCUGGUUCUCCGGGGCCAAGUUAACCAGGCUCCAGUCCAGGUGAAGAGCCAAACCACCC